AGACCAACCGAUGAGAAGGCAGCAUAUGUAAAUAUGUGAGUGUAAAGUGCUAAGCCCCGAGAUAACAUAGGAUGUGAGCGACGACACCGAUUGAUUCCCCCCGCACCAGAUUCGCCGGCGAGGCGACAGCUGCAAAUGGCGGGCGAGGCGCGGAAGGACGACGUCGGGAAGAAGCUCUUCGAUUCCCGGGCGGCGGCGUCGCUCGUGGGGGAGCUGAGGGGCGCCUUCGCCUCCGGGACCACGAGGAGCUACCAAUGGCGGGAGUCGCAGCUCAAGGGCAUCCUCAGGAUGACCGACGACCGCGAGCGGGACAUCGCCGCCGCCCUCCGCUCCGACCUCGGCAAGCCCGAGCUCGAGUCCGUCGUCUACGAGGUAGCCAUGUUGAGGAAUUCAUGCAAGUUGGCUCUUAAAGAAUUACAACAUUGGAUGAUGCCGGAGAAGGUUAAAACUUCAUUGACCACUUUUCCUUCAUCAGCUGAAAUAGUGUCAGAACCUUUGGGAGUUGUACUAAUAAUUUCAGCAUGGAAUUAUCCUUACUUGUUGUCUCUCGAUCCAGUUGUUGGAGCUAUUGCUGCAGGCAAUGCUGUUGCUUUGAAACCUUCAGAGAUAGCACCAGCCACAUCAGCAUUGCUUGCAAAAUUGUUAGGGGAGUAUAUGGAUAACUCUUCAAUUAGGGUUGUUGAGGGAGCUGUUGCUGAAACAACUGCACUGUUGGAGCAAAAGUGGGACAAAAUAUUUUAUACAGGUAAUGGCAGAGUGGGGCAGAUUGUGAUGGCUGCUGCUGCUAAGCACCUAACACCAGUCGUUUUAGAGCUUGGAGGAAAAGCUCCUGUGGUGGUGGAUUCGGGUGUCAAUUUACAAAUUGCAUGUAGAAGGAUAAUCGCAGGCAAGUGGGGAUGCAAUAAUGGGCAAGCUUGCGUUUCUUCUGAUUACAUGAUAACUACGAAAGAUCUUGCUCCAAAGUUGGUGGAUGCUCUCAAGAAUGAACUGGAAAUGUUUUAUGGGAAGAAUCCCUUGGAAUCAAAAGAUUUGUCCCGUAUUGUGAACUCCAACCACUUCACUAGGUUGACGAAGCUUCUGGAUGAAGACAAGGUUUCUAAUAAAGUUGUUUAUGGAGGUGAAAGAGACCCAACCAAGCUGCAAAUUGCACCAACCAUCUUGCUCGAUGUCCCAAGGGAUUCUCUGAUUAUGAAGGAGGAGAUAUUUGGUCCCUUGCUUCCCAUUCUUACUGUUGACAAGUUGGAAGAGAGCUUUGAUAUAAUUAAUUCAGGGCCGAAGCCACUUGCUGCAUAUAUCUUUACCAAUGAUAAGAAGCUCAAAGACCAUUUUGUGAAGAAUGUCUCUGCUGGGGGUUUGGUUGUCAAUGAUACUACAGUUCAUCUUGCUGUCCAUACUUUACCAUUUGGAGGAGUUGGUGAGAGCGGAAUGGGGGCAUACCAUGGAAAAUUCUCUUUCGAUGCUUUUAGCCAUAAGAAGGCCGUUGUAUACCGAAGUUUCAUGGGCGAUGCCGCGAUAAGGUACCCGCCUUACACUAAUGGAAAGCUGAGGCUGAUGAAGGCCUUGCUCGGUGGUAGUAUACUGGGUAUCCUACGCGCUAUAUUUGGACGUUCCUAGGGUUUAACGAAUAUGCUGCCUUUCUUUCCCAUUUUUUCUGUAAGUGAACUUAAAUUGCGUGUCAAAUAACUCAGCCUUCUCCAUUUUUCGAUGUUGAAAUAUCCCGAAUUUUCUUUGAA